AGUCGUUCCGUCUCUUCGAAAUUUGCAAUCGUCGCGAUCAUGCGUUCACCGUUGUACUAUCUCAAUCUAACGUCGAUAAUUUUAUUCGGCACGGGAGCUGGACCCUACCCGCGCCACCAGAGCGUCCAGGCCUACGAGCAGCCGAAGACGUUCACGUGCCACGACCUGAAGGAGUCGGCGUUCGCCCACGCGAUGUUCGCGCGCCACCACGACCGGAUCGACCAGACGGCCGUCAAGUUUCUCGUCUACACGCGCCAGAAUCGCAAGGGACUGACCGUGGACUGCACCAACUGCACGAGAUUCACCUCGACGCCGAUUCUCGAUCUGCAGGCCAAGACCUUCGUCAUCAUUCACGGCUAUCGAUCGGGCGGCACGAAAAAGUGGCCCCAAGAGAUGAAGGAGUCGCUUCUGGACGCUAUAAGAAGCAAUGUCAUCAUCGUUGACUGGCAGGAAGGAAGUGCUUUUAAAAACUACGUGAGAUCCGCGAGCCAUAUAGAAGUCGUCGCUCAGCACAUAGUGCAUUUUUUUCAUCAUCUGCAGCUGAGCUACGCCAAGCUCGCCACCAAGCCCGAGUGGAAUCAUUUUCACUUCAUCGGUCACAGUCUGGGCGCUCACCUGAGCGGCAUAGCCGCGGCCCAUCUCAAGGUCGAUCCGUUCUUUCAGAUCGAGCGGAUCACGGGCCUGGAUCCGGCCCAGCCGUGCUUCAAGAACAUCGACCUGGCGUUCAGGCUGGAUCCGAGCGACGCCGACUACGUCGACGUCAUUCACACGCAGAUGGGCAAGACGGAGGGCUUCUUCGCGUCGUUCGGAAUAAGAGAUCCUAUAGGUCACGCUGAUUUUUACGUGAACGGCGGUGUCAAGCAGCCGUCGUGCGUGGUUUCGAGCCAGAUGGUGUUGUUUUCGAAAUUCAGCAAGAUGAUCUGCAGCCACAAAGCGGCUUAUAGAUACUUCAUCGAGUCGAUCAAGAAUUUGGUCAACAGUAAGUGCAAAUACCUGAGUUAUCCUUGGGACGGAACUCUGGCUUCGGCUGAAAAAGCCGUGAAAGCAACCAAAUCGAAUCACGAAUGUCCCUCGUGCCCAGAAAUGGGUAUAAAGGCGUCGAGUGGCGAUAUGCUUGGGGUAUUCAUAAAUUUUGCUGGAAGAAAGGAGCCUUUCUGCGAAUAUGACGACGAAGAUCUGGCUUAUGCUUUGAAAAUGGUUCAGAAAAUGCAAGUUGGUUUAAAAGGCACUGGAAAGAAAUCAAUUCUUUAAUGGAUAAUAAUACGUGUAAAUAAAAAAUAAUACUGAAGUAAUCAGAGUGAAAACUAAUUUAUUCGAUGUAGUCACAAAAUCAACAGAGCAGUAAAAAACUCUAAUCGCUUGAAUAACAUAUGAUUCAG